UUGACUUAAGUUUACAUAUAUACCGUCGGAGACCCAUGUCAAGUAGAGGUGGUUACUUUCACUCUUAAUAGUCCAGUUCGGCUUAUACUUAGAUUAUUUAGUCGGUUUCACCUUACUUCAACGGGUUUUUAAAAUGAAUAAUCGCGGUUUGUUGUGGGUUGUUUUCGUCUUAAUCCAGUUUAUUGUAUUUCUGGAUCAGCCCGUUAUCACGGCUGCACAAGAACCCGCCUUUGAACUUCCAGUAGAAUUAAUAGGAUUUCCUGUUAUAAUAGUUGCCGUUCGACUGUCGAAUUUUGUGAAGAAACUCGCCUAUUCUUUGAAUCCUAGUACAUAUAGACGAACACGACGUGAAAUAACCUCGGAAAUGAUCAAUAUGAUUGAAGCAGAGAAAAGAUUGGUUUCUGAAUUGGGCGAAAAUGUCUGCAUUUAUCCGAAAGUUUGUUUACAUCACGCAGAAAAAGCGAAGAGGUCAAGUGGACGAGAACAAAUGGUCAUUGAUUGGGACGAAGUUUUCAGAAAUUACAAGUCAUCUCCUCAAAAGCACAAGGAAUUUUACUUGCUUAGUGUAUUUUUGGGCGAUUUUGUCCAAUCGAAACAAUUUUGUAACCAGUUAGUCAAGAGAGGAAGAUCGUGUAAAGAUGAUUUAGACUCGUUAAGCAGCAUAUAAAUUUGUU